AUGCUGGAGGACCCACGUACCCACUUGGGUACGGUAGAAACUAGGCCAAAGACCAGCGUCAAGAUAAAGUCAGUGAGGUCGGUGUCUCAGGAUGCGAGGGAACGGGCGGUGCCGUUAGUGGUGUUAAACAGCUCGCCGGAGGGGUUCGUGGAAGGAGAAGGGGGCCACGAAGACGGCCCCCGGAAGGGCCUGCUGGAUGGUCUAGCUCAAGAGCAGCCAUCGUCAGGUGGUGGUUUGCAGUUGGAAGCUUUGGAAAAGAUCGAAGAAUCGUCAACGAUCUUGGAGGAGCGUCUGGGUACCACGUCCGGUCCAGGUUUCGCGGAUGCUGGCCAACGAGACGGUCUCACGGUGGAAUCGAACAUUGUCUUCACUGGGCAAUCGAAAGCCUGCGAAGCGUUGAGGCUCGAGGAGCACGGCGACGUAGAAUUGACGGAGGCGCCGGUGUUGGUCCAUCAGUGGCGUCAACAAGAGUCAGCGUUGGACCUGCAGUUGGUGCCCAAUAGCGGUUCGGAGGUCCGUUCGAAACGGGCGAGGAACGUGUCGUCGAUCGAUAAUACGGUCAUCGGUGAGACGACGAUCGAGCGACGGGGACCGUGUCCGGGCCACCACAGGCAGCGAGCGCCGGGCGGGUGUAGGGUUUCCGAUAGACACCACGCGGAUACCACGCCGAGGAACUCGAAUCGAUCGUGUCGGGUUCAUGGUCGAAGGAGAGACCGAUCGCGGGGGAAAGCGACGGAACGACAUCAGGGUCAAAGUAAUCCGCGGGAUUUGACGUCGAACGAGUUCGAGUGCUCCGUGAUACGAUUGGAACAAGAGGCGAUCCUCGAACCGGUGAGGAUACUCGGUUGCCCGCCAGCGGAAGGACUGGAGCUCUCUUCGUUCCUCGAGCCGCCGCCCAAUUACGUGUACCCGGGCAUAAACGUAGCCCGGCUGGCUGGGAACGAGGCGGCCUGCUUCAGCCUGUACGACCCGAACAAUAUUCAGCCGAAGAGCCGCGCCGGGAGCAUCGCCAAAAUCCUCGAGGGACCGAAUCGUGCUGUGAAGGACAUUAAUCGGAAGAUCCUGGCGAUGGCACGUGCCAUGACGCCAGUCUGGUCCCUGCGUUUGCUAGGCGUCAGCUGCGGUUCCGUGGUCUGCGCCUGGGGACUGCUGCUGAUAUUGUCCGUGCUACGCGGUGGCGCCUCGCAUGGUACCCCGCUCGGUAGCUUCGGCUUCGGAAGUUCGUCCGGUGUGAUGGAGGACAUGAACAGUGUUGGAUGCUCGUUGUUGUGCAAGUGUAACGUAUCGGAAAUCGACUGCUCGAAUCGGGGACUGACGCAGAUACCGAGGGACCUGUCCAGCCUUCUCCUGGGAACAAAACUGUAAGUCUUUGUCGCACCUUGGCAGAGCAUCGACGAACGCUCUCAUAAAGGAGAACCCAACGGCGUCUAAUAUCGUUACUGGUAAAGUAAAACCCAACAGUCUUCUCUAUGGGAUCUCAGGAAUGAGCCUCGGGAUUGAUUGUUCGUACAUAUUACCGACGUCCCGGUUAGAAUAUUCCCGGCGAGUCGGUGUCUACAUGCGAAUGGGAUAGGCAUAAAUAAAACUUUUUACCGUCGCAGUAAAAGUUUAUCGCCGCAGUAACCGUGACUCGUUUAGUUUAUUUCAAUUACCAUCGAUUCCAUUCCGUUCGUUUCGUGCGCCCUGCUAAUCCGUCGAAUUAUCCGCGUCAAUUAUCCGGAUCCGUUUUGGAUUCUUCGUAUAAAUACGUGCGCAGAACGGUAAGCACCGAUAACGCGUGUUACUCUGAUCCGUACAAGUUUCGAGCGUGCGUGCUGGUUAAAUCAGAGAAUUAGAUCGAAUCCAGGAUGAGUGCCGUUACCAUACGAGGAGGACCAACGGAUGCUUAAUUGACGGAACCUGUGAUACGCGGGCGAUUAAAUUUCGUAUCGGGCGUACGUAUUCUUUCCGCAGAAUGUACUUGCGAUUAAAACAGAUAUCGACAGGGUCCCGCGUUUUAUUAAUUCGCUCGCAAGGUGAUUAAAAUGCUGAGACUGAUACGGAACGAUUUUAAUGAUUACAUACGCGGAUCUCGGUUUGUUUAUCGUAAUCAUUUAGGAAUUUGUACAUUCUAUGUAUUUGUUAACUGAAACAGCUAAAAA